AUGCCUCUGCAAUUUUCCGGCCUGGUCAAGCGCAGCGCACAUUCGAGGUUCCGUCCAAUCAUGGUCGACCGCACCCUGUACACUUGCGAUGUCGCCAUUGCAGGAGCUGGCCCGGCAGGCCUCAUGCUAGCGGACAACCUUGCUCGCUUCGGGAUAAAGGUCAAUAUAGUCGACAACAGAAAACACCAGACCUUGGUUGGCAGAGCAGACGGUCUUCAGCCCAAGACUCUCGAGACUUUACGUCAAAUGCGGUUGGCUGACGGUCUCCUGCGCAAGGGCGUGAAGGUCUAUGACAUAUGCUUUUGGAAAUCCCCCACCAAGGAGAAGAUGCAGAGAUAUGGGCGAGCCAUACAUUACCCACCGGACACUGCUGACCUCUUGGAUCCCUAUCUCCUUCUUGUCCAUCAAGGUAUCAUCGAAGACGUCUUCAUCAACGAUCUGAAAGAGCGUAACGUUGAAGUCCGAAGGGAUACAACGCUAAUGGAUUAUGAAUACUCGGGGAAAACAUGUCCACUCAAAAUCACCUACCUCGCUGACAAUCAGUAUCCGUGGUCCACGUGUGCCAGCUACCUCGUCGGAUGCGAUGGCGGGCGUUCUGCGAUACGGAAGUCGAUUGGCGCCCAGUUCAUAGGAGCUUCGUCCGACUCGGUCUGGGGCAUACUGGAUGGCGAAAUUGAGACGGACUUUCCUGACCUGUGGUCCAAGGCCCUGAUUCAUUCCGAAGACGCUGGCUCGGUCAUGAUGAUGCCGCGCGAGCGGAACAUGACUCGGGUCUAUGUUGAAUUAAAACCCGACUUGAGAGGGGGCACAUCCAGGGACGAGCUUUCCCAGGAGCUUGUCAUGCAAAGAGCCAAAGAAAUUAUGUACCCUUUCCACCUCCGAUGGAAGACCGUCGAAUGGUUCGGGAGGUAUGUCGUCGGUCAGAGAGUCUCCACCAAGUUUGCAGAUCAGAGGAGGCGGGUGUUCAUCUGUGGAGACGCCGCUCACACGCACUCGCCCAAGGCCGCGCAGGGGAUGAACACUUCGAUGCACGACGCAUGGAACCUCGCCUGGAAACUCAACCUCGCCGUCCGCAAGCUGGCCAAGCCCUGCCUCCUCGAGACGUACGAAGCCGAGCGCCGCAAGGUCGCCCAAGACCUCAUCCACUUCGACCACGCCCACGCCCGCACCUUCACCACGGGCGACUGGGACGCCCUCGCCACCAACUUCACCGCCUACACGCGCUUCAUCUCAGGCGCCGGGGCCGAGUACGACCCCAACGUGCUCAACCGCCCCGACCCCACCACCACCCUUCCCCGCGGUGAUCUCCGCCCAGGAUGCCUCCCGCCGCCGGCCAAAGCCACGCGCCUCGCCGACGGCGCCCCUGUCGACGUGCAGCUCGACAUCCCGCCGCUCGGCCAGUUCCGCAUCUACUUCUUCGUCGCGUCGCCGAGCGCGCUGCUGCGGCCGGGGCAGAAGAGUAGCAGUAGUACAGCGGCAGCGGCAUCGGAAUCGCCGGCGGCGGCCAACGGCUUCCUCGCCACCGUCUGCCGCGCCGGCACCUCGCCCCACCACUCCUUCACCGGCCGCAUGAGCGCCGCCACCGACGCCAGCUACACCAUCCAGCCGCCCGCCGCCGCCCCGCACGACGGCUGCGUCUGCCCCGCCCGCUACACCGCGUCGUCGUGCCUGCUGACCUGGGCGCUCGUCGUCGGCGUCGAUGUCGGCGUCGAUGUCGAUGCACCCGCAGCGCCGCGCGCCCGCUCCCGCCUCGAUGCCGUCGACUUGUUGUUGGCGGACUUGCCGCAGGCGCUCCGGGACUCGCCGUGGACCGUCUACCUCGACGACGUGCCCGAGGCCGACACGCGGCGCCGCGGCUGCGUCGACAAGUGGCUGGGCGGGCUGCGCGGGGAGGAGACGGCCAUGGCCAUCGUGCGGCCGGACGGGUACGUGGGCGCGGUGCGGGUGUGGCCGGAUGGGGGCAGGGAGUGCGGGCUGGAGGCUGUGGAGUGGAUGGAUGAGUAUUUCGAGGGGUUUCUGUCGGAUAGUAUUGCGUAG